CAAGAUGUCAGAUAAAGUUGUUUCUGAAGCCGAGUUAGUAUCGGCCUUCGAAAGGUUUGGAAUUACUGACAAAAAGUCGAAAGAAAUUGUUAAGAAUAAGAAAGUGUCUCAGACAUUAUUCGGACUCUUAAGCCGUGUAUCAUCGGAUGGUCCAUUAGAUGAAAAGAAAUUGGCAUUAUUACAACAAGUAGCGGUCGAAUUAAAGGGUGCCGAAGUCGCCCGUGUAGACUUACUUGUGGAUGGUAUAUUGGCUGACGAAAUCAAAACUAAUUUACAAGUCAGUGAAGGGUUGAAGUAUUUAACUAGUGCGGGAGAAGAUGCCGAAUUGGCAUCUUUCCAAGCUGCUAGUGGAGUUGGUAUUGAAAUUAGUGAGAGUCAAGUUGAAUCAGAAAUCAAAAAGUACCUUACCGAUAUUGAAUCGGAGUUGACUAGUAAACGUUAUGUUAUGGUGCCAAAAGUAUUGGGAGAAAUUAGAAAAGUUCCAAGCUUAAAGUGGGCCUCUCCUUCCUUGUUUAAGCCCAUUAUCGAUAAGUUAUUCUUGGAGAUUCUUGGCCCUAAGGAUGAAAGAGAUGUUGUUAAAAAGGAGAAGAAGAAAUCAAGUGCCAAUACUGAAAAGAAGGGUACUGGAGCUGCUACUACCACUCCUGCUUCAGAAAGAAGUAUGUUCUCCGAGGGGUUCCUUGGUGAUUUACAUAAGGCAGGUGACCAACCUCAAAUGUAUCCUGAACUCAUUAAACCUCAUUUGGAAUUCACCAAGGGAGAUGUAUUUACUAGAUUCCCUCCUGAACCAAAUGGAUUCCUUCAUAUCGGACAUUCCAAGGCUAUUAUGGUCAACUUUGGUUAUGCUGCUUAUCAUAAGGGUAAGUGUUAUCUUCGAUUCGAUGAUACCAAUCCAGAAGCAGAAGAAGAAGUAUACUUCAAUUCGAUUAAAGAAAUGGUCAGUUGGUUGGGAUACAAGCCUUGGAAAAUCACUUAUUCAUCCGAUUAUUUCCAAGAAUUGUAUGACUUGGCUGAAAAGUUAAUUGAAGUUGAACGUGCUUAUGUGUGUCACUGUAAACCAGAAGAAGUCAAGGUUCAAAGAGGAUUGAAAGAAGAUGGAACUUUAGGUGGAGAAAGAUUUGGUUGUAAACAUCGUGAACAAACCGUUGAAGAAAACUUGAAGAAAUUCAGAGCCAUGAGAGACGGUGAGUACGAUAUUGGUGAAGCCACCUUAAGAAUGAAAAUGGAUCUUACCAGUUCCAAUCCUCAAAUGUGGGAUUUAGUUGCAUAUCGUGUAUUGAAUACACCUCAUCACCGUACGGGAGAUAAGUGGAAGAUUUAUCCAACUUAUGAUUUCACUCACUGUUUGGUUGAUUCUUUUGAAAACAUUAGUCAUUCACUUUGUACACUUGAGUUCCGUCUUAGUCGUGAAAGUUAUGAAUGGUUAUGUGAUGUGUUGCAUGUUUAUAGACCCGCCCAACGUGAGUAUGGUAGAUUAAAUAUUACUGGUACUGUGUUGUCAAAGAGAAAAAUUGCUAAAUUAGUUAAUGAACAUUAUGUUAGAGGAUGGGAUGAUCCUCGUUUAUUUACUUUAGAAGCUAUAAAGAGAAGAGGUGUACCUCCAGGUGCCAUUUUAUCAUUCAUUAAUACUUUGGGAGUUACCACUACUGAUAGUAACAUUCAAGUCGUAAGAUUUGAAUCAGCCAUUAGAAACUAUCUUGAUCACACUACUCCUCGUUUGUUAAUGGUUUUAGAUCCAAUCAAGGUUGUUAUUGAUAAUUAUGAUCCUGCUCUUCAUGGUGAAGAUAUAGAUGUACCAUACAAGCCAGGUAAAGGAGGAGAAAACUUUGGAAGUAGAAAGGUUAAGUUAAGCUCAACCAUCUAUAUUGAACGUAAUGAUUUCAGAGAAGGUGUAGCCGAUUCUGAAGAAUAUUUCAGAUUAACUCCAUCUCAACCGGUUGGAUUGAUCCGUGUACCAUACACCAUUAGUGUUAAUAAAGUAGUCAAGAAUGCUGAAGGACAAAUUGAAACUAUCCAUGUCAAAUACAAUCACGGAGAACAAAUCAAACCUAAGACAUUUAUCCAAUGGGUGGGUGAUAACAACAAGCUUCCUAUUAAGGAAAUCCGGGUAUACAAGCAAUUAUUCAAGAGUGAGAAUCCUAACCAAAACCCAGAAGGAUUCUUGAGUGAUAUUAAUCCUGAUAGUGAGCAUGUGUUGACUUCAGGAAUUGUGGAAAAGGCAGGAUUUAACGAAAUUGAAGCCAAGAGUCCAUUAAAUGUCGAAGUUCCAGGCAGUCAAUUCAACAUUGCUGAACAAAAGGGAAAUAAUACCGUCAGAUUCCAAGCAUUAAGAGUGGGAUACUUCUGUGUAGAUAAGGAUAGUUCUUCCGAAGGAUUGAUACUUAACAGGAUUGUAACUUUGAAGGAAGAUUCAUCCAAGAACUAAGCCCAAGUUGUAACUAAGCAGUAAAUAAAUAAAUAAAUAAAUAAUG